GUCGUGUUGAUGAGAUCCGUGCUGAUCUUUCCUCCCGGACUCCCGGGACUUGACCGAACGGUGUGCAUGUGCAGUGAAACUAACUCUAAACAGCACCGCAAAGCAUAGUUGCUGACUCAGUCGCGGUGGCGAUAACGUUUGGCGCACAUUCAACCUGCUGUGUGCCAGUGAAAACGAACUUAAAGGCCUUGCCUUUCCGGAGUGUAAAAAGGGGGCAACUUUGUAAGCAACCCGUCCAGCGCGCGCCCCCCCGGUGGCAUUGAACGUGUCCACCCGUUUGGUGGUAGUGGUGUUGAAGAGUUUGCAGGUAGGUUCUACCGAGCGCCCGGUGGUUCCGACCAGGCAUUUAGCAAGUGGUAACCGUGGCGAACGGGUCGACGUCUCAGCAUUCGCACCGCCAGCGCAAUAGCACCGCGGCGGCCAUCAUGUUCUGGAUACGCUCGAAACGGCUCAAGGAGCGGCUGGCCAUCGGGUUCGGUGCCUCCUUGGUGCUGUUCACCCUCCUGCUGGUGAUCGACCUGCAGAUGGAUCUGGGCGUGUCGCGUGGUGAGUUCAUACCGUCGCACGCCCGGAUACGGUACGCGAACCAGGAGGAUAAGAGCGGCAUCUACAACGAGUUCCACCGGAAGUAUCUGGCGAACAGUAAUGCGUCCGGUUCGAAGGAGUAUCUCACCACGAACGCACAGGCACACCGUGGCCACACGGACACGUCGGGCCCGGGUUAUCCGUCAAAGUCGGCCACGACGGCUCCUCCGCCACACGAUCGAUUCAAGGAUCUGACGGCGCUCAUUGUGGCACCUCGUAAUCGCAAACGGCCCGAGCCAUUCGAGAAGAUCAUCGUGAAGGAGGACCUCUACACGACCGAGCUGGAUGAAGUUGAGGCCAAUCCGACGCUCGGUGACCUGCUCGAUCUGAAGCUCGCCCCGAAUGCAUCCAAUCUGGAACGCUUUCAGUUGCGGAUCUCCAAACGCGAGCUGUACGGCGCAAGUGACACCCUUGUGAACGCGGUGAUCGACGAUAUGAUCAAGCUGCCGAUCUUGCACGUGGUACAGAAGGAAGGUGGAACGCAACUCAAGCUGAUUAUCGACUAUCCGAACGAUAUUCACGCUCUGUUCAAGCCGAUGCGUUUCCCGCGGGAACAACAAACCCUGCCGAAUCACUUCUACUUCACCGACUACGAGCGACAUACGGCCGAGAUCGCGGCGUUUCACCUCGACCGGUUGCUUGGGUUCCGGCGGGCGAUGCCCGUGACCGGCCGCAUCCUCAACAUCACCACCGAAAUCUACCAGGUGGGCGACGAGGUGCUGCUGAAGACGUUCUUCGUGUCGCCCUCGAACAACCUGUGCUUCCACGGCAAGUGUUCGUACUACUGUGACACGUCGCACGCGAUCUGUGGCAAUCCGGACACGCUGGAGGGUUCGUUCGCCGCCUUCCUGCCCACGCAGGACGACACGCAGCGCAAGGUGUGGCGGCAUCCGUGGCGCCGAUCGUACCACAAGCGCAGGAAGGCCCAGUGGGAGACGGACGCGGACUACUGCACGAUGGUGCGCGACAUCCCGCCGUACGACGAGGGUCGCCGGCUGCUCGACCUGAUGGACAUGAGCGUGUUCGACUUCCUCACCGGCAACAUGGACCGGCAUCACUACGAAACGUUCAAGAUCUUCGGUAACGACACGUUCCCGAUCCACCUCGAUCACGGUCGGGGCUUCGGGAAGCCGUUCCAGGACGAGCUGUCCAUCCUGGCGCCGGUGCUCCAGUGUUGCCUGCUGCGUGCGUCAACCCUCGAGACGCUGCUAAAGUUCCACAACGGCCCGAAGCCCUUGUCGGAGGCGAUGCGCGAAUCGAUGGCCGUCGAUCCGAUCACGCCCGUCCUCUGGGAACCGCAUCUGGUGGCGCUCGAUCGGCGGGUAGCGAUCGUCCUGCAAGCCAUCCGCGACUGCGUCCGAAAGGCGUCGGAUGAGGACGUGCUCGAUGGUGAGGUCCAUAACGCGCUCGACGUAGACGACAACCGUCGCAAAGGGUUCUAUCGGUCCUAGCGACUGGCGGCCUACCGUCGACGGACCGGGCUGCAGGAACGCCACGCCAGGCUGCACGCGAUCAACCGGUACUCGGCGGCAGCGGCAGCAGCCCACAUCCUCUCCACAAGGGUUGACCACCGGCAUGUCGCCGGCCAGUAUCGGCGCGCGGCCCGAACGCCGCAGCAUGACCUGUUCAGCCGAACACUGUACAUAGUUUAGCUCUCCUCCUAAGCAGUAGCACUAACUCGAGAUAACAGUAGGACCUGGGCAGACGCACCUCUUAGGACGCCAUUUUCCGUUUCGCGCGUGAGCUCUAGUGACCGGAAGUGAGUGGACUGGUGAUUGAAGGGCAGAAUCGCAACAACGUGCUAGGCCGACGCGAUGUCGGGAUGAUCGAGAUUUGUGAUCGUAUCGUAUGUGUGUGUGUGGAUAUGCGUGUUGAGUGACUGUGUGUGAUGUGUGUAAGUACGUGAGGAAGCGAGCGAAAGCGAGAGAGAGAGAGAGGGAUCGAGAAUUGUUAUUAGUGAUCUUUAAAGUUAGUUCUAACGGUCUAUAGAUUUUCUAUCAAUCUAUACAAACACUUUUUUAAUGGUGAAUAUUUUGCUCCGCUCCUAAACAUCAACACAAACAAGAAAAGGAUUAAAAAUGUUGACGAGAGUAAAACUCGGAGGGAACGAAACUGAAAUGGAAACCGCGUGGAAGAGCUUGACCGGAAACGUUGCAACGUUUUCGAGUCGUGAGGACGAAUGAUAAAUAUGUCUUAAACGAAAAGAAAACAAACGAAGGCAAACAUUUAACGCGCUGGUGUAAAACCUCCACAAGAAACUCCUUUACAUAUGUUAAGAUGGUAGAUCAAUUUAUGUGACACGCGGGAUACCACUUUGUUAACCCUUUAAUACCUUUACACAGUUAGGCAAAGGCCGUUUCCGUUGUACAGGUUAAGUUCCGUUGGGAUGUAUUUAAGUUUGCAUCGUGUUUUUUUUUUCCUCCAUUGUUUUGCCGGUAGGAAUCACCAGAACUAGGAUAGAGUUAGUACUACUUCAUUCGCUCGGUAUUGCGCUAGCACCGAAGCGAAGCUGUGAGGCCAAAGUUAUCGAUUUUACAACCCUCUCAACCCACACCCCACACAUACACACAUCCCCCCGCGGGAGAGACAGACCACAUCUUUCGUAGAAAAGAUGUUAGAAACAACACGUUAGUAGGAGCUAAAAAAUACUACGAAACCUUAAGCGUAAGGAAUAGAUUGGAAAUCAAAGUGAUUUGUUUUUGUUUUCAACGUGAUUUGUUCAACUUUACAAAACGAAUCUGUUUUCUGUUUUUUUUUCUUUUGCCUACAUCAAGUCGAUUCCGAUAAGCUGUUGUUAAGUUUGAUAAGGAAGCUGGUUACAAAACUCGAUCAUGUUAUUUUAAGUGCAAGAACAAUAAAAUGGUCGGACGGUGAAUGUUGUGACGUUCCGAUACGAUAUCGCUUUAAAAUGAUAUGUUUUAUGUUUCGUUGAUGGACUAUAGUUUUCUUCAUGCACUAAAAAUGACAACAAACAAGAAAAACAAAAGAGCGAAAACUUUUUCUAUUCGAUUUAAAAUGUGCAAACAAUUGUUGCUAACUGAUGGCAGAGAAAUCGCAAUCGCCCAGCCGCGGGAGGUUUCUUUUCCACUCGUUUGUUUGUGUGUUUCACUGCGCCUUCGAACUCCCUCAACCACUUAGGGAAUUAAACAUCGUUUAGGUGCUCUUAACCCGCGGCCAGGAAUGCUUCGAGAGAGGAGAAAACAACCAGCCGAUGCCGACGCUGCACCUACACUAUGCAGCACCGUCUCGGCGAAAAGCCCAUUCGCCAAAGGCCAGUAGUGAAGGUGGAGGAAAAAUAAAUUAUUAAGAGCAACAAUAAAUUAAAUCAAUAGACCAAACUCGCGCCGGUCAGACUGAAAGGCGAGAAGGGCGGCAUUAGUUAGGAUGCUAUCGGUUGUAGUGGAGAAGCGCGGCUCAUCUUUUACCAUCCCGCCCGCUCGUACAUGCCGACGGAAACACAAUGGAAACCGCGAUCGCGAGACGAGCACGCUAGUCGCGAUCGCGUACGCUAAGUUUUCCCAGCGUGCCCGCGCGCACAUCCAACGUAUUUUCACGAACCCUCCUGAUGAUUCUUUCCAUUCAUACCGAAGCCGCGGUAGCUCUUGGAGGAGAAUGUGCACGAUGGCGCCUGGUGUGUGGUGUAUGUUUCUUGUUUUGUUUUGGUUGUCAUGUUACACUACGCUGCGGGCGAGGUGGCACGGAGGGUGAUACGGAAAAGUGUCAAGUCAGCGUGGUGGAGAAACGCGAAAAGUAAGGAAAAGUAAAACCUGUACGAUGAUGGGAAAACAUAACUUACACACCCCGCAUGCGAAAACAGACGUUUAAAACAAUACGGCGAGGCAAAACCAACCAACCAUAAUAGUAGUAGUAGUACCAAAAACUGAUUAAGAUGAUAAUAGCACACUAUAAGAAAACAUAAGAAUAUUAAUAGCAAUGGAACGUAACUGGUGAGAAAUUGUUCAUCCAUCUUUCCCUCAACCGUUUGACACACUCUGUCGUUCGUGAUCGUUUCUCUUGCGUCAAUGAUCGAUAGAAAUCAAUGAAGAUGCCAAAAAACAAAAUAAACACUUAAAACCCCCUGUAUGUGCAAAAACAUCAUCUCGAGAAUAAGCGGUUCUUUUGUGAGAAACAAAUGGAAAACAAUAGACGAACCGCAACUUAAAAAAGCCACUGAUCGAAGACUGUGAGGCCAAGAGCGAGUACCGAUCGCUCAAGUGAAUUUUAUUCCCACCAUUUAUUCCGUUCUUUUUGGCCAGCAAAAAAACCCCUUUUCCUUUUAAUGAAACGCGUGAGAAUUCUUUACCUUCGUUUUGCGUCAUCGAUCGAUUCGUUUGAUCCGAUCCGGCAAAAGCUCCAAAGAAAGCCAGACCGAUCGGUUUAAUGGACUGCAGUCGAAUUGAAAGAUGGAAGCUGGAAGCUGCCGAAAAGUUUGUUAAAGGUUUUUUCCCUCCCAGGAUGAAUUGUAUAUUUUGUACAAAAGCGAAAAGUAAAUCUAUUGGAGGUUAAAUAAUUGAAUAUGUAAAAUACAAAACGAAAUGCAUACACUUGUUCCUAUAUCUAAGAAAUAUAGCUUUCCACAAUUCCACUGUACCGUGUGUGUGUGAUCCCUUUGAUGGUUAUCCGUUACUUCCCACUUUUGUUUUGUUAUACGUAUCCGUGUGACUGUGUGUGUGUGUCUGUGCGUAUAUUGGCCACCACUUAAGCAUGGAUCAAUUUAAAACUAUACUAAACUAAACUGAAACACAUCGGGAAGGAGCAAUAUUUCAAUGUAGCAGUAUCGUGUCAAAUGAAAAAAGGGAGCUAUGAAUUUAAAAAUGGUGUGCGAAGGGGCAUCGAAAGGGGAUCUUACUUUUUUAUGAAGCAAAACUUUACACAAUAAAAAACACACAUACACACACACACACGCAAACAUAAGUCAAGCGAAGAAAGUCGCUCCUUCCAUCACGUCACCUUUCUUCCAAUUGAAAGCAAGAUCGCAAAAAUGCAUUAGACAUAACCAAUUCUUUCGGGGACGAGAUGAAAUUCGAUGGAAAAAUAAAAGUCUGUUGUUAUUGUUAGCUAAAGCGUAUUGAAGAAGAGGCCAGCAGGGUGUGGAGGAAAGGGAAACAAAAUGUGAAAACUCCUGGAGAUAGUAAUAAAACAACUGAUCAGCU